AUGCCAGACUCAAAGUUCACAACACCUGAAAAGUACAGGUACAGCACAGGCAUCGGAUCUUACCAAGAGUCUGAAGCUAUCGAGGGUGCUCUACCAAUUGGGCAAAAUACGCCACAACGUCCACCACUAGGCCUAUAUACAGAAAGAAUCUCAGGUAGUGCUUUCCAAGCAGCCCGACCUGAAAACCAACAGACUUGGCUGUAUCGCAUCAUCCCGUCAGCAGCGCAUGAGCCGUUUGAACCAGAACCAUUGAACGACGGUGAGCAUGUCGCCAACUACAAUGCCUAUCACGAUCUUGUACACAUCCCGACCCAGGUCCGUUGGGACCCGUUCGAUAUCGAUGAGAAGCUGGACUGGGUGCAUUCAAUGCGCCUGCUGUGUGCUGCCGGAGACGUAUCGACCAAGUCCGGGAUGGGUUAUUUCAUUUUCACAGCGGGACAGUCCAUGGAUCCUAAGUCCGCCUUCUCCUCCGCCGAUGGAGAGCUUCUGAUCAUUCUCCAGACUGGUGUUCUCGACCUUAAGACCGAGCUGGGACAUCUUCUGGUGAGACCUUUAGAGAUUUGUGUUAUUCCACGAGGCAUCAAGUACCACGUCUCGCUGCCUGAAGGCCCUGUCCGGGGAUACGCACUGGAGUUGCAUCAAGGAGUUUUCACGCUCCCAAGUCUUGGACCGAUUGGAUCCUUUGGCUGUGCCAAUACAAGGGACUUCAAUAUCCCCGUUGCGGCAUAUGAGCAUAAAAUAGAGACCGAACACCGGAUCAUCACCAAAUUCAACGGCCGACUCUUCGAAGCGAAGCAGGACCAUUCGCCCUUCGACGUCGUCGCAUGGCACGGCACAUAUUUCCCAUAUAAAUACGAUCUUGGCCGCUUUAUGACGGUUGGAAGCAUCUCCUACGACCAUCCAGACCCGUCGAUUUUCACCCUGCUUGCUUCUUCCGAAGGUGUGGCGGAGAUCGCCAUCUUCCCGCCACGCUGGCUGGUCAUGGAAAAUACGUUUCGUCCUCCGUGGUAUCACCGCAAUACCAUGAGCGAGUUCAUGGGUCUAAUUCAUGGCGAGUACGACGCUAGAACGGACGGGGGGUUCCGUCCUGGCGGAGCCAGUCUCCACAAUGUGAUGGUUGGCCAUGGCCCGGACAGCGCGACGCAUGCCCGCGCGUCGGAGAUGGAGCUUGUGCCGCAAAGGGUUGGCGAAGGCAGCAUGGCGUUUGUGCUCGAAUCGAAUAUGAUUCUUGGUUUGAGUGACUGGGCCUGGUCGAAGUCGAGUAAGAAGCAAUUGAACUAUAAUGCUGAGACGUGGUUGGGGCUUAAGAGUCAUUUCAAGAAGCCGGAGGGCGCAAUUGAGAACUUACCAUUCCUGAACAGAGGCUCAGACUCGAAUGGACAUGCGAAUGUGAAUGGCCAUUGA